GGGCGGCAUCCCUUAGUUCCCCAAAAGUCUGUUAAUAGCCUGGCUGGGCAGCGGCUCGGUUCCUUUGCGCAAUCCCAGAGCCGGCGGCUCCGUUCUCCCCGUGGAGACCCCGCUCGGCGGGCAGGUUUUAUCAUGCUACGAAUAUUCAGAGAGACAACUGACAAGUUUGGGGUCCAUCUUUUAAAGUGCCGUCACCAUCAUAAACAUGUACUGGCAAUCAGGAGGGAAGAUGUUAGUGUUUGGGAAAGAAGAGCACCUCUAGCACCAAAGCAUGUUAAAGAGCUAACAAAUCUGGGAUACAAAGUCUUAGUACAACCAUCAAACCGGAGAGCCAUCCAUGAAAAGGAAUAUAUAAAAGCAGGUGGCAUUAUUCAAGAAGAUAUUUCUGAGGCAUCUCUAAUUGUGGGAGUGAAGAGACCUCCAGAGGAUAAAUUAAUUCCAAAGAAAAACUAUGCAUUUUUCUCUCACACUAUUAAAGCCCAAGAGGCAAACAUGUCUCUACUGGAUGAAAUUCUAAGAAAGGAAAUUCGAUUGAUUGACUAUGAGAAAAUGGUUGAUCACAGAGGACUACGAGUGGUAGCCUUUGGACAGUGGGCUGGUGUAGCAGGAAUGAUCAAUAUUUUACAUGGAAUGGGAUUACGAUUUCUUGCCCUAGGACAUCACACUCCUUUCAUGCACAUUGGUAUGGCUCAUAACUACAGGAACAGCAGCCAGGCUGUGCAGGCAGUGCGGGAUGCUGGCUAUGAAAUCUCUCUGGGUUUGAUGCCAAAGUCGAUUGGACCCUUAACGUUUGUGUUUACAGGCACUGGUAACGUUUCUAAGGGUGCCCAAGAAGUGUUCAAUGAACUCCCCUAUGAGUUUGUGGAGCCACAUGAACUGAGGGAGGUUUCCAAAUCUGGAGACCUUAGGAAAGUAUAUGGGACAGUGUUAAGUCGUCACCAUCAUCUUGUAAGGAAGACCGAUGGGGUGUAUGAUCCGGAGGAAUACGACAAACAUCCAGAACUCUACACUUCUCGUUUUAAUACUGAUAUUGCACCGUACACUACUUGUUUGAUUAACGGAAUAUACUGGGAGCAACACACCCCUCGCUUGUUAAAUCGACAUGAUGCAAAAAAGUUGUUGGCUCCAGUUAAACCUUCUGCUGCUGCAACUGAGGGUUGUCCAGAAUUACCACACAAACUUAUGGCAAUAUGUGACAUUUCAGCAGACACUGGAGGAUCCAUAGAAUUUAUGACAGAGUGUACAUCAAUUGACAGUCCAUUUUGUAUGUAUGACGCUGACCAGCAUAUUAUUCAUGGCAGUGUGGAAGGCUCUGGGAUUCUGAUGUGUUCCAUUGACAACUUACCAGCACAGCUGCCUAUAGAAGCAACAGAAUACUUUGGAGACAUGCUUUUAACUUAUAUUGAAGAGAUGCUGUUAUCUGACGGCUCACAGCCUCUUGAAAGCCAGAAUUAUUCACCUGUUGUACGAGAUGCAGUGAUUACGUCCAAUGGUUCAUUGACUGAUAAGUAUAAAUAUAUCCAGAAAUUGAGGGAGAGCAGGGAAUACUCACAGUCACUAACCAAGAAUAAGAAGAGGGUCUUGUUACUUGGAUCUGGCUAUGUUUCUGGCCCUGUGAUAGAAUACCUCACUAGAGAUCCCAACGUAGAAAUCACAGCAGCAUCCAUCAUGAAGGAGCAACUUGGCCAGCUGACCAAGAAAUACAACAAUGUUACUUCUGUUCACGUGGACAUCAUUAAGCGCGAGGAUAAACUGUCCUCCUUGGUGAAAACGCACGACCUCGUGAUCAGCUUGCUGCCUUACUCAGCACAUCCUUUAGUCGCUAAGAAGUGCAUUGACAGCAAAGUAAACUUAGUGACAGCCAGCUACUUAACACCAGCUAUGAAAGAACUCCAAGAAAGUGUAGAAGCUGCUGGUAUUACGGUUAUCAGUGAAAUAGGUUUGGAUCCUGGCCUCGAUCAUAUGUUGGCAAUGGAGUGUAUUGAGAAGGCAAAAGAUGUAGGCGCUACGGUCAUAUCGUACACUUCCUUCUGCGGUGGCCUGCCAGCUCCUGAAUAUUCUGCUAAUCCUCUGCGAUACAAAUUCAGCUGGAGUCCACAGGGUGUUCUGUUGAAUACAGUUCAGUCUGCCACAUAUUUAAAAGAUGGAGAGAUUAUUAAUAUUCCAGCUGGAGGAGCAUUGCUUGAUUCUGUUGCUGUCAUGGAUUUUUUCCCAGGAUUAAAUUUGGAAGGUUUUCCCAACAGGGACAGUACAAAAUAUGCUGAACCAUAUGGUAUUCAGUCAGCCCAUACCUUGAUAAGAGGCACCUUAAGGUAUAAGGGGUAUUCGAAAGCUGUGAGAGGCUUUGUGAAAUUAGGUUUAAUAAACCCAGAUCCCUAUCCUUUGCUUAGCUCAACAGCACCACCUAUAACCUGGAAAGAGUUGAUGUGUAAGCUGCUUGGACUCAAACCUUCUGCCGAAUCUGCUCUCCUUAGAGACGCAAUCUACAACAAACUGGAACAGGACAACAGUCAGCUGGAAGCAGUGGAAUGGUUAGGGAUACUUGGAGAUGAACCAGUUCCUAUAGCAGACUCUAUUGUGGGGGCACUUGCCAAGCACAUGGAGCUGAAGCUGCCCUUUGGUGCUGGAGAACGAGAUAUGAUCAUUAUGAGAAAUGAAAUAGGUAUCAGGCACCCAUCUGGCCAUUUGGAAGAUAAAUUCAUCAAUCUGGUUGUGUAUGGUGAUGAUAAAGGAUAUUCUGCAAUGGCUAAAACUGUAGGGUACCCCACAGCUAUUGCUGCUAGGAUGGUUCUAGAUGGUGAAAUUGAUGCCAAAGGCAUGGUAAUUCCCUUGACAAAGAAUAUCUAUGCACCAAUACUUGAGCGCAUUAGAGCAGAAGGCAUUGUAUGUAGUACCCAAAGCAUUAUCAGACAAUAACUGACAACAAGAGAUUGAGCUUGAUUUUUUUUUUUAAGGAUCUCAGUUUGGCUUACAGUUUUAUGUACACAGUUGUGGCCCCACUACUGCCUGUUCCUACAGACGGAGGCACAAAUGAUGCCCUUUAUAAAAUUAUCUACCUGCUUUUAUGUGGGCCUAAUGAAUAUUUAGAUGUAUAAAUGGUAUCACUUUUCCUUUCAAAACUGAGGGGGCUGUUCAAGAAGCCAGUUGGCUCUGCUCAGGAUAAACAGGUCACAUCAUAAAGUGCCCAAAGCCUUUUGCCAUCAACAUACCUUACAAUGCGUUAUUACACUGUAUAAUCCGUUAAUGAUGUAUUCGUAGUAUACACUUUGCUAAUAAAGAAGAUAUCUAAGGAGAUUAUAAA